UUCGCCGUUCCAGGUUUACAAUAGCGGUGGCAAAAGUACAGAAAGCAUGUAACUCAUUCUAAUUUUCUAGAAAUACAAAGACUUUGGAUGACCGUACCAAGACACCGAGUUGUCUUUGUUUCUAUGGAGUGCAAUGGCUCAUGCUAGAAGAAAAGAGUCUAAUCUAAAGGAACUGUGCUGAAUGUAGCUCAUUCAUGGAGUAAAGUGAGUCGUUUGGGGAUCAUGAGUACAGGAAUGAAGAAACCACCAGUUGCCCCCAAACCCAAGCUGGGUCAUCCUCAAAAACCAUCCCCCCCCCCUAUUGCCCCAAAACCUGAAAUCCUCCAGCCUUCGCCCUCACCGACCGUGCUCAAGAGAGGAAAACCUGCUGUUGCUCCCAAACCAUGCUUGUCCAAAGUCAACCCCGUGGUUCCUCAAAAACCGCCCCAGCUAAGACAAGAUCCAUGCAAGACACAGCAUCCCCCUCUCUCGAAAAACGGGGGUCCCGCUUUACUUCCCUCACACCUGUCACAUUACAUUAUACCUCCCUGCACUCAGGGUCAUCUCCCAUGCGGCAUCAGACUAGAGGGAUCUAAGGAAAUAAGUGGAACACCAGAGGCAGGGGUUUUCAAAGAGGGUGAAAACCCAAAAGAACAGCUGUGUCAUGACACGCGAGAACAAGCUGACCUAUCCGAAGUACAAAUCCAAGCUCCCACAGACUCCCAUACUUCCACAAGGACACAGGACGAAACACACACUCCCACCCUAGUGACUAAUCUGCCAUGUACACAGUUACAAACAUCUACACAGGUCCCAAAACAUUGCCACGCACAACCCCUACAGGAACUGGAUGAUUCUUUAGAGUCAAAACAAACUGGGAUUUUUGUUGUUGACUUUUGCACUAGUGAAAGUGUUGGAGUUCCAGCUCCACCCAGCAAACCGCUCCCUGUACCCCACCCGCGACGUUCCCGUAGAGCUUUAUGUAGGCAAAAUAUUGUGGAGACUGAACACGUGGAGUCUCAAACAGAUACCCCAACAGAAAUUUCUGAACACAUUCAAUUGGACACGGUAUUUGAAAAUCCACAAAGCACUUCAACAACCUGUCACACCCACAUGGACCAACCCCUAAAUUCACAUUUCUCUAAAGAGAACACAGAAAACACUGAGUGUUCACGCAGCACAGAUACUUUGCACAAAAUACGUUCUUCGCAUGUUGCACAGACUAAAGACACGCCUCCUCAAAUUGACUCUGUUCACUAUUCUGUUCCAACAAAUGGCACAACUCUAACUUUAAUCAAUAAAUCUUCUGAGGAGGAAUCACAGCCUCCAGCCCCGCCCCCUAGACAGAAAUCCCUCCCACAAACAGGUGAUUCCUCAAAUAACACCUCGUCAUCAGUGGACAGUCUGCUUUUGCACUGCCACUCUGACUCUCACGUUUCUGUGGACAAAGAAGAAGAUGAAGAUGUGGAGUUGCAGAACAACGAUGAAUAUGAUGAAGCAUAUGGAGAUUUUGCCCGAUACCCAAUAACCCAAAGUCUUCCUAAACAAAUCAAACUUAGAUGUGGACAACAAGUUUCAAUGGCAAUAACCAAGACAUUUUUUAACGGGGAUGAGAGGUCACCGAAGGUCAUGCCCAAAAAACCCCAGAGAAACAGCCUUCCCGCAUCGUCUGUGUUGCGGAAGCAAAACACCCCUUCUCAAACGGACACGCCCCCUCCACUUCCUAACUCCAGCCCUCCCGUAUUCAGAGAACUUCCCGCGCCUCCUCAGGAGAAACCGUCGUGGCGGGUCGCCCUGCCUAGCAUCCCUCUCUUCAGCAGGAACCAACCGUCACGCAGUAACAGCCAACCACAGGCUGAAGGUGUUAAAGCUGUAUCUCUCAAACAAAGGGCUAAAUCGUUUUCUUCAGCAGAUCUUCAGCGGGCACACACUUCCGAACAGUUGGUGCGCUCCGAACAAGGGCGGCGUAGCCUGCGAAAACUUAUAGAGCUGCGCGUUUGUGCACGCUUGCUUCCGAAAUUGCUUCGCAGUGGACAGUCCCUUGAUUGCACUCGUGCUGAUGCAGAGAACGAGGACCAUAAGGACACGCCCACUAACCAGGUCGACCCUAGCGAUGAGGAAGCGGUUCAGGGUGAUAGUGAAGGGGAUUGUGGGGUGGAAUACGAGAAUCUCACAUUAUACGCAGAGAUUCCAGAGUACAUGAAUCUGCCCUGGGUCUAUUCCAACCAGGACGUCGAUGCAAGCGUGUACGAGAUUCAGGAACCGUGUGAGAUCAACAGAUUAAGCGGUGAUCUCUCAGAGGAUGGAUUGAGCUCUAAUGAUGAAGAUGAUAACAGCUCAAACUCCAGCAAAGAAGACCUGAGCCAAUCAAAAGACAAAGAGGAGAUAGAGAGAUCAAAGAGGAACAAGGUGGUCCACAUCGCAACGGAGAUCAUGAGCUCAGAGAAAGUAUUUGUGGACGUUCUGAAGUUACUUCACAUCGAUUUUCGGGAUGCGGUUGCCAAAGCUACUCGUACCAGCGGGAAGCCCCUUGUGGAGAAAGUGUUGAAUCACAUCUUGUACUAUCUUCCCCAACUUUACGAGCUGAAUAAAGAUCUACUGAAAGAGCUGGAGGAGAGAGUAGCCCACUGGUCUGAUCAUCAGAGAUUGGCUGAUAUUUUUGUUCAGAAGGGUCCAUACCUAAAGAUGUACUCCACCUACAUACGAGAGUUUGACCGGAACGUGGCUCUGUUGGAUGAACAGUGUCGCAAAAACCCUCCUUUUGCCAGCGUUGUGCGUCAGUUUGAGAUGAGCCCUCGCUGUGCCAAUCUAGCUUUGAAGCAUUACCUAUUGAAACCAGUGCAGCGGAUACCUCAGUACCAGCUCCUGCUCACAGAUUAUUUGAAGAACCUCCCUGAGGAUUCGUCUGAUUACAAAGAUACACAAACUGCUCUCAGUGUGGUGAAGGAAGUGGCAAAUCACGCAAACGACAUAAUGAAACAAGGGGAUAAUUUUCAGAAGCUGAUGCUGGUUCAGUACAGUCUCAACGGCCAUCAUGAAAUAGUUCAGCCUGGCAGGGUUUUCUUAAAGGAGGGCACCUUGAUGAAACUAUCCAGAAAAGUUAUGCAGCCCAGAAUGUUCUUUCUGUUUAAUGACAUUCUGCUAUACACGACACCAGUCCAGUCUGGCCAGUAUAAAGUCAACAGCAUGCUCUCUUUGGCUGGAAUGAAGGUGAGCAAGCCCAGUCAAGAGGCCUAUCAGAAUGAAUUAAACAUCGAGAGUGUGGAACGUUCCUUCAUACUGUCUGCCAAUUCAGCCACAGAGAGAGAUGAGUGGCUGGAAGCCAUCGCUAAAGCAAUAGAUGACUACACAAGAAAGAAGAUUUCCUUCUUCUCCAGUCGAAGCCAAGAGUCGGAGGAAUUCUCGGAUGACGGUCCACCACUGGGUUCGAAAGCUCCUAUCUGGAUUCCAGACUUACGGACGACCAUGUGUAUGAUCUGCACGUGCGAGUUCACGCUCACCUGGAGACGUCACCAUUGCCGUGCCUGUGGAAGGGUGGUGUGCCAGGCUUGUUCGUCUAAUAAAUAUUACCUGGAAUACCUGAAGAAUCAGUUAGCACGAGUGUGCGAUCACUGCUACAUUAAACUACAGCACAAAGGUGACCAAUCAAAUGUGACUGUUUCCCCUAGUGGGCGGAGUUCAACAUUCGCUUUUUCAAGAAAACAGAAGAAGAUUCCUUCAGCUCUCAAAGAGGUGUCUGCCAACACUGAAAAUUCCUCCAUGAGUGGAUACCUGCAAAGAUCCAAAGGCCAAAAGAAACCAUGGAAGAGGCUGUGGUUUGUCAUUAAGAACAAAGUCCUCUACACCUACGCCGCUAGUGAAGAUGUCGCAGCGUUGGAGAGUCAGCCAUUGCUUGGCUUUUUUCUUAGAGAGGAGAAGACAGGACCAGCUCAAAAACUGCAGUUCAAACUCUACCAUAAAAAUACACUUUACUACAUCUUCAGAGCAGAGGAUAUCCCCACCGCUCAGAGAUGGAUUGAGGCAUUUCAAGAGGCCAUGAUACUUUGACCAGUCUGGAUUUGAUUCAACAUGAUCGAAAAAUAAAUGCUCAUCUGGGUUUUCCUCUGGCCUUCCAUUAUGGACAUGAGCAGAAUGCUGAGGAUGCACAAAUCAGAACCCAGUUUGAGGCAAAGGAUGCUGGUAGAUGUAGUUCAUGUAUUAAUAUAUCGUAAGCAACAAGACUUGAUGAUUGCGAGGUAGAAUUUUGUUCUUGAAAUUUGUAGGAAACACUGCCUCAAUGUGCUCUCUUUUUUGGUGCUUCACGUUCUCACGAAACCAGUCCACAAAACAUUCAGGGUGUCAAGCUUAGAAACAGACUGGUGUUGUCACAAUACCAGUCAAAGGGUCUAGAUAUUCAUGUUUUCGUAGACUGUAAGUUUUACUUCAUAAUGAAUCCAUGUUCCUUCCUUCUGUUAGAACACUAGAUUUUAUUCAAACACUCCAUUAUGAUCUGUUAAGGUUAAGGUUUGAAUCCACAAUAUAUUCAGUAUCAUUGGUCAACCGAUGAAGGUUAAAAUGAUUUGGUAAAGCGUGAUUCAUAGUCAAGUCUGAAUGUGUAUGAGGAAGUAUGACACAAGGAAUGUCUGAAGCCAGGUUGCUUCUUUGGCACUGUCACGUGAAACCGGCCCUGCAGUCUGGAAUAGUGCAUUAUGGGAGAUUUUGGAUUCAACUGUGAAAGCUGGGGAGAAGGCGGCUUAAAAAUUUAUGGACCUUGUUCAUGAAACCCAAGCAGAUACAUUUCUGUGUUAACAUUGCACGAAACCAUUCUUACGUGAACCGUCGCAUGCAACAAUUUACAUGCAAUUGGUUUUAUGAAGGAUUGAUACUUUAUACAGAAGUUCUGCCUGUUCAUGUUGAAUGAAUGUGGCCCAUUGGUUUUAUGACGUUCUAAUGUAGGCUUUUUAAAAUGUUUUAAUAAUCUUAAACUUAAAAAAAACUAUUUUGUACAAAGUAGGCCUUUUGACUGAUGUUUUAAACGUUAUACUGGACGUAACUGGACAAACUGUACAUAUUCUGUAAAUGGUAAUAUAAUGCAGGUGUAUUUAAAAUAGUUGUGUUUAGUGUCCUCAAUGAAUUUUGGGUAGUAAAGACACAGUGCCAGGCUGGUUGACUAAGCACUGUUUUAAUGAUCUAUAUAACACGUUAUAACACACAGGCUGUGAAUCCAGAGAAAAAAAUAGUUUUGUUAUCAGGGAGUCGUAACACAGACCUUAACGUUAAUAUCUUUAAUGCACCUUCAUGUCUCUUAACAUUUUGACCAACAGAUGAUUAUAUUCUUUACAUUUUUUACUAUGGUUCUCUCUCAGCUCCAAGCAGAGCAAACCACUGAUCUUUCACCGUUUUAAGUUAAACACAUCUAAUGGCCCUAUUUCUUCUUCCGUAUUGAUCACUUGUGUGUUUGAUGUUUGUUUACGUUAUGUUUAUUGAGUGUUUUGAUUUUGGGAAACACCAUACAGCACUGUUUUGUCAAUUUGAGUGAUGCUUGUUUACCAAGAGUCCAUUUUAAAUAUAAUCUGUUAUUCCUCAUCUUUCUGAUUAUCUUGGCACUGUUUGUUUACCUUUACAUCCAAAAAUUCAUGACAUCCUAAUUUAAUUUUUUUAUAUCUGAGGAUUUCAAGGGAGUAGGUUAUGCCCCAACGUAAGUGUAACGUUCAAAUCGUUUUUAAUAAAUAAUGUAAAGGAA